UCUCUUUUAACGUUUAUUAGUUGACAAACCUUUAACCGAGCAACACGAUUUUGUUCUAAAACAUUUUUGCGGUUAAAGGAAAGAAGAAUUUUCAAAAUGUUUAAACGGAAUUUAUCUAUGAUUUUGGUUUUGAGUUUUGUUUUGCUAUUGCAAAUUAAUCUCAUAUCGGCUGGCAUUUCCCCUUUAGAUUUUUUGAAAUCUGCUAAACCUUCAGAUCCUAGAAUUAUAAAUGGCACUGAGGCCUCUUUGAAUGCAACAAUGCAUCAAGUCUCUAUUAGACGUCGUUUGAAUGAUGGCUAUUUCUUUGGUACUGGUCAUAUAUGUGGAGGAGCUUUGAUUUCUGAAAAUGUGGUCUUAAGUGCUGCUCAUUGUUUUGUAAAUUACAAUAUGCCUGAACCGAAUGGUACAUUUUUACCAGACGAAGAUUUCAUUGUGGUCAUGGGAAAUCUUGAUCGUUUUGAGUACAACAACAAUACCCUAGUAUUUGAUAUAAUAAAAAUAGUAAAAAAAGUCUCUAUAUUUAAUUUAAACACCUUUGACGAUGAUAUAGUUCUUAUAAUGUUAAAUGGUACAGUACCUGCUAGACAUCCCACCAUUAGGCCUAUAAUACUCAAUGAUGCACCUUUGGCUAAUAAUACCAUAUGUCAAGCUACCGGCUGGGGUAACACCGAAGAUGGUUAUCCUCCAGAUUUCCUUCGAACUGUGGAUUUGCCCAUUAUAGAUGUUAAUGAUUGUCGUAAAAAAACCGAAUAUGGUUUGGCGGUUCAUGACGGUAUGAUUUGUGCUGGUUAUUUGCAAGGUGAAAAGGAUGCUUGUCAAGGUGAUUCCGGUGGUCCUUUAGUUUGUUUGGGUCGUCAAGCUGGUAUUAUUUCAUGGGGUCAAGGUUGUGCUAAACCUAGAAAUCCUGGUGUUUAUACGGAUGUGGCUUUUUUCAAGAAUUGGAUAUUAAAUGAAACAGCUUUUAAUAAUGGUACUUUGCCCAAAUUUGCUCCUGGUGGCAAUGGUGUUUCGGGUUUAAGUUGUUCAGUAUUUUUAGUUAGUUUAAUGUUAGUAUUUAAUUUUGUUUAUAGUGAAAUGAAAUAAGUUAAUAAAUAAGUUGAAAUAAAAAUAAAAGAUACCUCAUACAAGUCAGUAUGUUAAAAUGAC